GGGAACGCCGCCGGCCACGCCGGCCACGCGACUCCCAUGGCAUGGCCACAGGCCACAUAGCAGCCGUAGCGUCCUUGGCCCGACGCUCCAAAUGGCAAGAGGCCUUGCUACUCUUAGAAGCCGCAGAGCGGCGCAACGGCAUGCAUUUGCACAGCACCACCAUGGCCCUGGGUUUGUGGCGCCACGCGCCCCGGCACUGGCAGAAAGCCGUGCAGCUGCUACAACGCUGCAGGGAUUCACGGGUGGCACUGGACGUGGUGUGCUUCAGCAGCCUGGCGCGAAGUCUGGAAGAAAGCGCCUUGUGGCAGAAGAGCUUGCGGCUCCUGCAGGACAUGGACACCCAAAGCAUCCAGCCCAACGCUGUGACGCUCACGGCGGUGUUUCGAGCCCUGGGCCGCAGCGGCCAAGCGACAACGGCGCGAGAGCUGGCUGAGAGAAUGGAGAGGAGGCGCUUGGAACUGGAUGCCUUGGCCAUGGUGGCCCUGAGCUUCGCGCAGGAACAAAGCUCCCAGUGGCACAGGGCGCUGGCGGCGCUGGCGGCGUCACCGGGGCCACCGGGGCCACCGGGGCAGAGCUCCCAUGCGCCGCCUGCCCUGGGAGUGGCCCUGGCAGCCUGCGAAAAGGCCGCGCUGUGGAGGGAGGCACUGCAGCUGGUGGACAGCUGGAGUAAACUCGGAUUGAAUGGGAUGAUGGUCAACAGCCUUCUCAGCACCUUCUCCAAAACCUUAAAGUGGAAGCUCUCCCUGCUGCUGAGUGGCGCUUGGGAUGACCCACUCGAUGCAGUGGGCUUGGCCGCCCUCUUCUCUGCAUGUGAAGAAGGACGAGGCGCUACCCCCUUGUCACCGAGCAUGUUCAAUGGAGAUUUCAGGAGGCGCACGGUUCCCUCAGUCCGCUUCUGGGGAACUGAAGUGACAAAGCUGGAAGAACUGCAGAGCAGGUGGGGACAAAAACAUAGGAAAAAAUGGGAAUAUUAUAGUAAGUGA